GGGGAACGAGGCGUGCGGGGGCGGAGAGGAGGCGUCGCCUCGCGCUCGGACAUGUCUCACGGGCACAGUCACGGCGGGGGCAGCUGUUGCCAUGGCGACGACCACGAAGAGCCUCCCGAGCGGCGCGGCCAGGCCUGGGGCCUUUACCUGCGCAUCGAUCGCGAGCGCCUGGAGUGCCUGAACGAGCGGAGGGAAGGUAGCGGGGCUCAUGUCUUCCGCGCCUGGGAAGACCGCGGGGACCGCCAGAAGUUUGUAGAAAGCGAUGAUGAUGAAGAGCUUUUGUUUAAUAUUCCUUUUACCGGCAAUGUGAAACUAAAAGGGAUAAUUGUGAUGGGAGAGGAUGACAACACACACCCAUCGGAAAUGAGACUCUUUAAGAACAUUCCUCACAUGUCUUUUGGUGAUACUGCCAGAGAACCAGAUCAGAUGUUCAGCCUGAAUCGUGAUGUUACUGGAGAACUGGAAUAUCCUACAAAAAUUGCUCGCUUCUCAAAUGUUUAUCAUCUGUCCAUCCACAUCUCCAAGAACUUUGGUGCUGAGACAACGAAGAUCUUUUACAUAGGCCUGAGGGGAGAAUGGACAGAACCUCAUCGACAUGAAGUGACCAUCUGCAACUAUGAAGCAGCAGCGAACCCAGCUGACCACAAAAUUGAUCAGAUCACACCGGAGACGCACUUCAUUUCCUAACUGGCUUGUGCACCACCAGACUGCUGUGGAGGCUUGGAAGACACUCAAACACUUGAGGCUAUAAGGAGCAUUGUAGCAUUGUUUCUUUUGUGGGUGUGGGUGUGGCUGCUUUGGUAAAGCAGGGCACCAAAUGCUGGCAUUUAGGUACCAAUAAUUAUACCAUUGCUAAGGACAAUCAUGGCUUGAGAUCUUACAAAUAUUGAAGGAGUAGGUUUUGAAAAUAUUGGCCUUUGCCUGCCUGUAAUGCAGUUGUCUCAACUAUGUUGUAUCUGUCAGGGCAGAAGUUUUUUUUUCAGUCAGUGAUCUUCCUGUUCAGUUGCUGCUUCUCCUGCUGGCAUACAUAAAGUUGUGAGGCUGGUGGGAGACUUGGUCUGGGAGUGUUGUACUAUCUGGGAUUCUGUUCUGCCUCUUGAAUGUACUUUAUACAGGGGGAUAAGUUAUUGGUGUUCUAGAUGAGCUCUUGGAUAAUUUCAAGUUAAUGUGACUUGUACAUGGCAGUAUUCAUUUGGUUGUGCUCCAGAGAGUGCACCAAAGUACUGCAUGCUUCUCCAUGAAUAUCAUCCAGUAAGUUGCUUGCCAAAAUGCAACAGCUUCAACUGUGCAUCUAAAACCUGAAGAGGGAUGUUUCUCCUGUGCUUAACUUUCUAACCAAUGUGGCUUAAUUUUUCUAAUAAACAUGGCAAAGAGUGUG